AUGUCCCCAUCAACAACCGCACAUCAUCAAUUACCGGAAAGACUGAUCCCCCUUGCUGAUGCUUUUAUAAAAGCUCAACUUACAAGAAAGCAGGAAAGAAUUUUUGAAAAAGAUUUCACAGUCACCUAUCAUCGCCGCUCCCCUACGACCCUCUCUUUUAGUUGUCUUGCCACAAUUUCGGAUUUAACCGUCACCGAUAAUUUUCGCCACUCUACGAGCAUCCCUUUAACUUGUCCUGUCACAGUUUUUGAUUUCACAGUCAGAGAUAAUUUUCGCCACUCUACUAGCAUCCCUUUAACUUGUCCUGCCACAAUUUUUGAUUUCACAGUCAGAGAUAAUUUUCGCCACUCUACUAGCAUCCCUUUAACUUGUCCUGCCACAAUUUUUGAUUUCACAGUCAGAGAUAAUUUUCGCCACUCUACUAGCAUCCCUUUAAUUUGUCCUAACACAGUUUUUGUCACCAACGAUGACGUUCCUUCUUCAGUUUUGACUUCGAUCCAUCCUUCUGCAUUACGCUUCUGCAAAAAUUACUUACCACAGCAUUUCGUAUGUACCAUGUAAAGAUUUUUAUUAUUAAUUCUUUAUUUUUAGGUGUACCAUUCCUAGCAAAACCUAUUAUACGGGAGAGGGAUUUUAGUUGGUAGGUCCUCCUGUGAGGGAAUCCAACACUACCCAGUCGUACGGACGGCUGGGUGUCUUUCGAAGAUUUCCCCUCUUCCACAAAAAAAAAAAAAAAAAAAAAACUAAACGAUCUAAUGACUUUUAUUGCUGGUGUUCUCAGAUGGGCGGAAUAGCCAUUUAUUUCCACUACCCACUCGCUGGUAUUAAGUAAUUUGGAAUUGUUUACAACCCCUUUUCUUCAAUAUUGUUUCAGUGUUCGGCAUCAAUUUCUAUCUGAACACGUAAGUUGCUACAACUAUUUUUUACCUUCAUUAUUAAUUAUCUUGUGUUCAAAAUGUUAAUUGUACAUUAUUGAAAGGUUUUAGUUAAAAAUUGUUAAACUGUAUUACUGUUUCUUCUGUUUUGUGGCCUUUUCUAUUUCCUCAAUUGUCUCUUCAAAUUACAUAAAAUAUUUUAUUUUGUACAAGUGUAUUUGUUAACAUUCAAUAAAUUUUUUUUACUAUU